UGACACCCACGUUUUCUACUGAAACCUUGCGACGGGGUCUUGGCCUUCCUCCGUUUUCUUGGAUGUUUCUACCUUUUUCUGUUUUUAUAAGUAGAGGUAGCUACACCUAAUCAAGUUCCCCUCAUCAAGUUGGUCUGUAACUUGUAAUCUCAACUUGUAGUUGAGAUUUGGUGUUUUGUGGGGUUUAUUCUUUUAAAACUUCGAGGGACCAAUUUCUGAAGCGCAUUGAAACUAGAGCAGUGUGAGCAUUAGGGUACUGAGAGCGUUAUAAUUUAUCUGCACUGGCAGAAGUGAUUACAGGCCAAAAAUGAAGUUUGGGAAGGAGUUUGCGUCGCAGAUGGUGCCGGAAUGGCAAGAAGCGUACAUGGAUUAUGAUUUCUUGAAGUCCCUUUUGAAAGAAGUCCUGCGUUUCAAGCAAAGGACCAAGCCACCGGCUACCCCUGGUGGCCUGAAACGGAAGCUGACGCUGUAUAGAGCUUUCAGUGGCCUAACGCAGAGGCACCACAACCCGACGAGCCCGACCUCGCCUGACAUAGAAAGCCAACCCAUUUUGGUGAAUUCUGUGAGUCAGAAUGGGUCUCAGAGUUAUCAAACUACGUUCCUGAUGUCAGCGGACGAGGGCGGAGAGUAUGAGCUGGUGUACUUUAGGAGGCUUGAUGAUGAGUUCAAUAAGGUGGACAAGUUUUACAGGGCUAAGGUGCAAGAGGUGAUGAAAGAAGCAGAUAUUUUGAACAAACAAAUGGAUGCUUUGAUUGCUUUCAGGAUCAAAGUCGAGAAUCCUCCAGGGAUUAGUUUUGACAGGUCCGUGGAGAUGACUCGCCUUGCUUCAGACAUUGCAGCGUCCACAGCUGCAUUAUCGGCUGCUACUCCAUCUGGUGCCAGAGCUAGCAAAACAGCUCCUCACCUUGAAGCCAUUGUAGAAAGCACCCAUGGUCAAGCUGAUGAUGAUGAUGAUGAUAAAAAUGAUGAAAAAGAGAGAAAUACCCCGAUUCAAGAAGCCAAAGCACCGAAACCGAAGAAUAUCAUGGGCAUCAGACCUGCACCACUUGACGUACUUGACCGGGUGAAAAUGAACAACACUCUUGAGACUCCUCGUUCCACCAUUAAAGGUGUCCUCAGGGUUCCUAACCAUACGGACCUGAGUUUCAGCAGGGAAAAUCUAAGGAAAGUUGAAGAACAACUUAAGCGGGCUUUUGUUGAGUUCUACCAAAAGCUUCGUCUGCUUAAAAGUUUUAGCUUCCUGAACACGUUGGCGUUUUCCAAAAUCAUGAAGAAGUACGAUAAGAUCACUUCCAGAAGUGCAUCCAGAUCUUACAUGAAAAUGGUGGAUAACUCCUACCUUGGUAGUUCUGAUGAGGUUACAAGGCUCAUGGAGAGAGUUGAAACUACAUUCAUCAAGCACUUUUCAAAUGCAAACCGUGCUAAGGGGAUGAACAUCUUAAGACCCAAAGCAAAAAGAGAAAGGCAUAGGAUAACAUUUUCAACAGGGUUUUUCGCUGGCUGUGCGGCAUCUCUUGUACUGGCCCUUAUUCUGAUCAUUCGUAUCCGUAAAAUUAUGGAUAGUCGAGGGAGGACCAAAUACAUGGAAACAAUGUUUCCUCUUUACAGUUUGUUCGGAUUCAUUGUUCUGCACAUGGUAAUGUAUGCUAUCAAUAUAUUUUACUGGAGGAAGUACCGGGUUAAUUACUCUUUCAUAUUUGGUUUCAAGCAAGGAACCGAAUUGGGGUACAGAGAAGUUUUUCUACUGAGUUUUGGUCUUGGAACAUUAGCUUUAGCCUGUGUGCUCUCGAACCUUGACAUGGAGAUGGAUCCCAAAACAAGAGACUACAAAGCAUUCACUGAACUUCUUCCCCUGAACUUGGUUCUGGCUCUACUUAUCAUCCUAUUCCUGCCAUUCAACAUCUUGUAUCGGUCGAGUCGAUUCUUCCUCCUCACAUGUUUGUUUCACUGUAUCUGUGCUCCUCUGUACAAGGUUACACUCCCAGAUUUCUUCUUGGCUGAUCAAUUAACUAGCCAGGUGCAAGCCUUUAGGAGCUUCGAGUUCUACAUUUGCUACUAUGUUUGGGGAGACUUCAAACACAGAAAAAACACUUGCAAAGACAGUGAUGUGUUCAACACUUUCUACUUCAUCGUGGCUGUGCUUCCCUACUUGUCACGCCUCCUCCAGUGCCUCCGUCGCCUCUUUGAAGAGAAAGACCCAUUGCAAGGAUACAAUGGACUGAAAUAUUUCCUGACAAUCGUAGCUGUCUGUCUGAGAACAGCUUACAGUAUCAACAAGGGAAUUGGCUGGAGAAUAAUAGCCUGGGUCGUCUCAGCCAUUGCAGCAAUAUUCUGUACAUACUGGGACCUUGUCUAUGACUGGGGCCUCCUUAACCGCCAUUCCAAGAACCGUUGGUUGAGAGACAAACUCCUCGUUCCUCACAAGAAAGUAUACUUUGGGGCCAUGGGACUGAAUGUUCUGCUGAGAUUUGCCUGGCUCCAGACCGUGUUGAACUUCAAGUUUGCAUUGCAUGCAGAAACCCUGACGACGAUUGUCGCCAGUCUUGAGAUCAUUCGUCGUGGUGUAUGGAAUUUCUUCAGGUUGGAGAAUGAGCACUUGAACAACGUCGGAAAGUAUCGUGCAUUCAAGUCCGUACCGUUACCGUUCAACUAUGAUGAGGAUGAUGACAAAGACGAUUAAGUUUUGUACGAUAAAUCUGCUGAAGAAUAAGAAAAACUGCAGAUAAAACGCCAUAGAUGCCCCGCAGCUGCCAUCUGCUACAACAUUAAACUUAAAACCCAUCAAGGCAACAUACAAUGAUUUGACAGAGAUGGAGUUGUGGUACAUAAUUAAGGAAUUUUGAUGUUUGAUGAGAGACAAAGCCAAUACUUUUGCUAAUUCUCUGUUUGCUUGUAUUUUUUUUUUGUUUAUUUUUGUUCAAUGUACAGAAUUCAUUCUUAAUGAAAAAUACCUUCUAAAUAUUUUC